AUGGGUGACCCGGCUAUACAAGGUUAUUUAAUACCUGAUGACAAUCUGCUAUCUAAUGAACACGAUAGAGAAAUCGACGAUGACAGCCAAAAGAUGGGGAUUUUUGAUGAGACUACUGGAGCAACGGAAAAGAAGCGUCCGUGUCGCCUACUGGUUUCCAAAAUUCCAAAGCAAUUGGCAUAUGAGAACCUCUAUAAAUUGAUUAAAGGACAAAGCUCACGUGGCUACUCUAGCGAUUUGGUUCGUCUCGAGGUUCUACACCAUAAGCUGUUGCUGAUACUAAAGCAGGUCAAUCUUGACACUCGAAAAAUUACAACGAAAGCCGAGCCUUCCAAAGACGAUCUAAAGAAAUUAGAAAAACUUCUAAAUCAGCAAACAGAAAUCGUCUUUGGGUUGAGAGAUAUUGCGCAUCUCCUACGAAGAAAUGUCGAAGCAAAUGCAGUUGAAGAGCUGCGUGCUAUCGGGGCCGAAUUGCCAAAAGGCAACAAAGGGUCACACGCCUCCGAUAAUGCUGAAAAAUCUUUCACGGGUCGUACCAGGAUCAAACAAAAGGAAAUCAAAGAAAGAAAAGAAAAUAAAGAAGAGCGAAGGAUUAAGGAGGAGAUUAUUGAAACGUACAAGAUCUUAACCCCCAAGGACCGUAGUUCUAAAGCCGGGACUCCAGCCAGAUUCCCAAAGCCGAGUACGCCUGUAUUUGAAGAACAAGAUGAUUGCUCUCCGCCAAGUGCAAACUCUUCAAUCCAACGCCUCAACAAACCCAGAGGCCGUGUUCCAAUCUCGAGUUCAUCAAGCUCAAUAGCGUCCACUAAAGCCGAGAAAGCCGAGGCACGAAAAGAAGAGCGUGAAGAAAUAAAAGCUCAACGAAAAGAGCAAGCGUCCAUUAAUGCACAGGGUAAAAAGCGUGUAUCAUCAAGAGUGACUGCAAUAACGAGCAUGUUAGGAGUGAAACGUGGUGCUAACGGAAACCGAAAAGGGGAACGCGAUGAUGAAGGAACGACGGACGAGCCCACAUAUUGUCAAUGCAGUCGGAUAUCAUUUGGUGAGAUGGUAUGUUGCGAUAAUCAAAAGUGUGAAAUCGAAUGGUUUCAUUUUGAAUGUGUCGACUUAAAACGGAAACCCACAGGGAAGUGGUACUGCCCUAGCUGUCGGCAUCCGGACAGCUUUAAGCAUCCCAAAAAUGCUAUUAUCCCCGGAAGUUCAACAAAAUCGAUGAAACGAGAAGAU